GCGUGGAGCCUUUUCUCGCCAAUCUCGGUUCAAAGAUCAGAGACGGCAACAUGGCGGAUGGGCAAACUACAACGGAAACGGCAGAGGAGUUCGCUCUGAGGAUGUCAACAACUGUCUCGUCUGGAUACGUGACCUUAGCAAUGUCGAUCGGAGUUCGCACGGGUCUCUUCAUUCACCUCUCAGGACUGGACGGUCCGAGGACAGCCGUGCAGAUAGCGGAGGCGACAAACUUGAAGGAAAGAUACGUCCGUGAGUGGCUUGCCAUCAUGGUGACUGCCCGGAUUGUGGAUUACGACAAGGAGGAGAAGACCUGCUUUCUCCCCCCACACAGGCAUAAUGUCCUGUUACCGGACGCAGGAAGAGGAAGUUUGGGGAACAUGUCUGAGUUCAUGAGGCAGCUGGCUAUGGUUACCGGUGACGUGGCUGAGUGCUUCAAGGCGGAUGGGCCAAAGGGUGUGCCAUAUUCAGCCUACCCCGAUUUCCAGGGGUGGCUUGGGAGAAUGAGGCAGUAUGAACACGAGACUGACCUAGUUGGCAAGUUUCUACCGACAAUCCCGGGACUAUUGGAAGAUCUAGCUGAGAAACGGUUGGGUAUCAGGGUCCAUGAAGCGGCAUGCGGCAGAGGCAUCAUGACUCUGAUACUGGCCCAACACUUUCCUAACAGUACCUUCAUUGGGACCGACAUCUGCGAGGAGUCCAUCCAAUGGGCAGAGGAGGAAAGCAAAAAGCGGGAUCUGGCUAACGUCACCUUCCAAGUCCAGGAUCUGGCCAAGAUGCCCGUGGAGUGGUCAGAUUCCUUCGACUACGUCAUAGUCUGGGAUGUCAUCCACGACCUCGAAUUCCCCGACCUGGCUCUGCGGGAAGCCCGCCGCAUGGUGAAGCCUGGAGGGCGCUUCUCUAUGGUCGACGUCAAGGGGCACGCCGAGUUAGCAGACAACAUGGACAACCCCGCCGGCCCCGCGCUGUAUGGCUUCAGCCUCCUCUACUGCAUGACGGUGUCACUGUGCUUAGGUGGGAAAGGUCUUGGCGCUAUGUGGGGCCAGGAAUCGGCUGUGCAGAUGCUGCAGGAAGUGGGCUUUGACCCACAAGUCCUGGAGGUUCCUGACAGUGAAGCGGAGGUUCAUUUUUUGUGUGUGAAAAACUGAAUUUAUUCAACCUACUCCACCAUGGCAUAUUCUGACAUUGGUUUAAAUGAGAACAACAAAAAGUCACAAUAAGAUUGCUAGCUUCUGCCAAAGAACAUAGUUUCCUCACU